GCCCUUCCGCCCGGCAGGACGCGGAGAAGAUGGGAGAUUGGGAAGGGCCCUGGGCUUUCGGCCUGCUGUGUCCGGUAGCAGUCAGAGAUUAUGAUGCCGGUUCAGUCAGGACGUGGUAGAGGCUGAGCAUUUGCCCGGCGUAUGCAUUUUUCUUCCCCCCCCGUAAGAAAAGAGAGGUUGCGUUGAGCGAAGCGAAAGAGAUGAUGCUGGCGGAGCAGUCGCAGACGUGGUUUCCCACCCACGUCCAAGUUACUGUCCUACAAGCCCGGGAUUUGAACUCCAAAGGUAAAAACGGCACCAAUGAUAGCUUCACUAUUAUCCAGCUGGGUAAAGAGAAAUAUUCGACUUCGGUGGCGGAGAAAACCUUGUCCCCGGUAUGGAAGGAGGAAGUGUCCUUUGAGUUCCCUGGUCUAUUGCUACAAGGAACGCCGGAGAAAUACACCCUACACCUGUUUGUCAUGCACCGUUCACUGGUCGGGCUGGAUAAAUUCCUCGGACAAGUGGCCAUUUGCCUCAACGAACUUUUUGAAAAUAAAUCGAGGAGGCAAAAAGAAUGGUUCAAGUUAGAAUCCAAACCAGGAAAGAAAAAAAAAGAAAGAGGAGCAAUCCAAGUUUGCAUCCAGUUUAUACGAAACAACAUGACUGCGAGUAUGUUUGAUCUUUCCAUGAAAGACAAAACAAGAUCCCCUUUUGCCAAACUAAAGGACAAAAUGAAAGGAAGGAAAAAUGAUGGCAUGUUCUCUGAUCAUUCAUCUGCAAUCAUUCCAAGUACAACUUCUGCCAAUCCUGAUCAAGAAGCCAUGGAAAGUGAUAAACAGCGAAAGUCAAAGCCAAAAAAAAAUUUCCUAUUGGGAUCUCAGAAACUAUCCUCUGCCCAGUCAAUGUCAGAUUUACCUGAUCCCCAUCCGCCACUGGAAAAACAUAAAUCCAAUACCAUAGGCCAUAUGGUUUAUAAGCCUCCUUCGGAUUCCACUCAUUCAAGAGAAAAAAUGGGGAGUGACUGCCUUCCAAAAUCACCCCAUAGACGAUCACAAAGCAUGGACACCUCCAAGAUUGAUCAAUUUGACCUAAUUUCUGCCUCAAAGGAUGGGGAUGAUCCAACAAAGUCCUCACAAAAGGCUGCAACAUUGCCAAGAAGUAGAAAUCCUUUUGAUAAUACCAGUGACUCGUGGGAGAUCAGAGACACAAGUUUAGAUAUCAAACAUGCAGCAAAUCACAAGCCAUUGGAUGUUAAGAAAGAGGCCAAGAAAGAGAAAAUUAGUCUUUUUGCUCGUGUAACUGGCAAGAAAGAUGUCAAAAAGUCUGAAAAGAUUAGCAACAUGAAGUCGGAAAGUUUUAGUGAUGCAAAACUGCUAAAUCCCUUUUCUGGAAAUUUUCUCAGCGGUUUUGAAAUUGAUUCCAGAAACCCAUUUUUCACAGACUUAAAAGCAGACGGUAUGUCCAGUGCAAGAAAGCCUUCAAAUUAUGAAAAUGUGAAGAGCAAAGCAUCCACUGACCAAAAUAAUUGUAACAGUCAACAUGCUAGAAAAGCCUUCAAGCAGCAGCAUUCUGAAUACUAUGGGGACAAAAUCACAGAUCCCAGACUCAUCACCACAACAUAUCGUAACUUAUCCUACGAUGAACUGAUCUAUGAAUUGAUGAAACACAAAGAACUUGUCAAAAGGAAGGACAGCCAGAUCCGAGAACUUGAGGACUACAUCGAUAACCUCCUUGUACGAGUAAUGGAGGAAACUCCCAGCAUUCUUCGAGUACCAUAUGAACCAUCUAGAAAAGCUGGAAAGCUUUCAAAAAACAAUUGAACCAAUUAAUAUUUUGGGAUUCACAAAAUAUAUUUGGUGUCUGUCAAAUCAACUCUGAAGGUACUUCCAUAAUCUGUAAACUGGUAAAGAAUUUGUAGAGCAGCGAUGCUGUGAAAUGUUCUAUCGUGAGUGUUGAAUGUUUGCUGCCAAGCAGAAUAGAAUCACUUAGGAAUUAGGCUAAAUUAAACAUGAACUUUCUUUGUUUUUAAAUUAGUUCACUUCAUGUAUCGGUGAGGAGAUACUAAUAGGACGUUAUAUGAAUUUGCUCAGAUCGAUCAUGGCAGUCCUUGUUUUGCCUAUCUCUCAUGCUGAUCUCAGAUUUAUUUUUUUAUUUAACUGUAGAAUGUAGUGACAAUGGAAUGAACUAGUAAUCUAAAAUGAAGUUGGUCUCAUUGUAAAUGGUUAGGCAAUUAAAUAGUUACAGUGCUGUUUGCAUAACUCUGAGAAGGGUCUUGCAUUCAUUUUGGGGAAUGUUAGUAUUUGCACAACAAAUUCUAUUGCAUUAUGAAAGCCAUUCACUUGAAUCUUUUGAAGCAAAAUGUCAAUACAUCAUUUGAUGCCAAAAGCUAUCCCUUCAUACUGAUUAUCUGUUGUGUGUGCGUGUUUAGGAGAAGGGUCUGAUGCAUUUAGUUGUGAAAGGAAGGUGCGUUUAGUGGUGUGAGUUAUAUUGCCUUUAAAAUGAAGUUACGUUUUAAUGUAUUUGAGCUCAUGUUAGUAGAUUGGACAGUGUCAAUACCAGUCACUUUUUAAUAGUUGAUUAUUGAUUGCAUUUGAAAUCUUCCUGUUCUUCCAGAGAAAAACUGGGCUCAUUUUCACUUGCACGUCCACCUGAUUUGCUUAAUACUGCAUUGCAAAUCCAGUAUUUUCUACUAUCAUUUUGAGCUUCAUUUUGUCCUGAAAAAUGCAUUGAAGAAAUACAAUGACAUUAAUUUUCCAAAACAUGUUAAUAUAAAUGCAACAAUUAAAACAUUGGCUUCUGUGAUAAGAUUCCAAUUAAAAUGCCAUCUGUGUAUUGGUGAAAAGUUUGGGCAAAUAUCAAUGUAAAAAUGACAGUACAACGCUGAAGAAAGAAAGCUAUAAACCGCCAGUUGUCCUUCCAUCCCCAUACUCAAACAUUUUACUGCCAUCUUGCAUUGAAUUGCAUUCAUAGUUCAGUCAAUUCUAUUCUGACAUAUUGCUUCAUUUUUAUACAAUGGUACCUGAGAUGUUGCACGGAAAGCAGGUCCUUCAAUGGUGCAAUUGAUUACUUUGUCUUUAAUAAAGAAUGCCAAACCUUAGGAUUGAUAGUUGAUAGUAUGGAACAAAAGUUGUGCAGUUCAUACCAAAUUAUACAUGGUUUUCAGGUGCAUUUUAAGUAGAACCAUAAGCCAUAAUCCAAAAAAUACUUAUUUGUCUACAUAUUCUUAAAUCUCGAGUUAUUCAAGAGACUAUUGAAAGCUAUAUAUUUUGAAGUUUUGCUUAGGAAUUACUGUCUUGUGGCCCAAUGAACAUCUUCAGAUGCAUGGUCCGUGUUACAUAUGAAAAAUACCAAUUUGAGUGUUUCUCCAUAAUCAUUCAUUUAGAACAACAUCGAAAGGUUUUGGGGUAUGGGUGCAAUCUAACAGCCAGAUUAUUUGUUCAGCUACUUGAGAAAGGACCCCCAAUGACUCAGUUGCGUAACGCUGCUUGCUUUGGAUAAUUACAUCUACCAUUAUUUUUUUAUAUAUAUAUAUAUAUCUGUAAAAGCUGUGUGCCAUAUUGCUUUUGCACUUUUGUAAAUGAAAUAUUGCAACAAAAAAAACGUUAAAUGGUGCACCUGCAAUUUUUUAAUGUUUCACAAAAAUAUCACCUAUGUAUUUUACUUUGUUCUUUAACUCUUAAAGGUACUUGUUCGAUAACUGUAAUUUAGAUGCAAACCAGUACAAAUAUUUAGCACAAACUUUUUUAUUAACUGUUUAUAAAUACAAAAUACAAUGAAAAUUAACAAAAGUUGCAAAAGGUACAGAAAGCACUGCAUGAUAAUAAUAUGCACAUUUGAGGAGAAUGCUUGCAUUGAACUCUAGGAUACCUGCCUAUUAGGGAGUUGAAGUAAUCGGCAUGCCAUUUGUAGUAGGAGUUUCCAGUGUAGUACAAUCCCUACUUCAUUUUACACAAUGGUAUUUGAAACUGCACAGAAAAGGGCCCCUCAGUGGUGCAAUUGUUUGCUUAGUCUUUAAUAAUGCCAAAUCUUAUGGAUAGUGUAACAUUCACAAGCACUGAAUUAUCUACAUUUAUAUAAAAAACACUUACUGAGUCGACCACAUUAUGUACUUGUAUAUUACAUUCUGACUAGUAGACAUGUCACCAUGCAGUUUUUACAAUUGAGAAGUUAAUAUACUCAAUAUAUUGUUUUGUAAUCUUGUGCCAUUAUAUUUUACUUUGCACAUUUUCGCUCUAUCGCGACCAGUUUAUUAUCUACUUCAAAUGUGAUUUUGCAUUCCAGUCGAAUCAUUUUAUGAUGGAAAGUAUUCUUGCCCUUAUAACUGCCUAUUCCUCUUUUUUAUUAGUUUGGGAAAUAGUAGCAAAAGAAUUGUAUUGUGCGACUGGAAAAGGUUUAUGCACUGGUGCUAGAAUGUUUUGCAUAUUUAUGCUUUGCAAUGAAUAAAUAUAAGCUUUACCACUACAAUAUUGUAUUCUAACUCCAAGGCAGUUUAUUUGUCUCAUUGAUUAACCGUUGUGGGAGAUUUUAACUUUUUUUAAUAGCCUGGCACAGAAAUACAGAUGAGGAUUUGGGUGAAAUUAAAAAUUUUAGGUUACCAAGUUUUUAAUAAUACAGCCUACAUUUUGUCUACUGUAGAGUUAAGGCCUUGAUAACUAAAAUUACCGACUCAUCCAAGAACUCUUCAUUAGCAAUAAAUUAUAUAGUUGGACAAAAAUCAGAUUUUUAAAAAAUCUGUGAGAGGUUUACAAAAUGUUGCCAAAUCUUUCAGUUUCAUUUUAAGUUAGUAUUCAAUCUGCAGUAAUACUUGGGCAUCACUGGGUUUCCUCCUGGCAUUCUGUUGAUUAUUCUAAAUUGUUAGCAUCUAACCAUAUACUCCAGUAUUGUGCUUGGUACUGUGCAUUGAAGAUGAUGCAACUGCCUUAGUGUCUGGAGAUUAGAUCAUUCUUUGUGAACUUCAGAAGUUUCCUUUCUUUUUCUAGUUUCUUUUUUUUUUUUUUUUUUUAAACACUUACUCUCCAAUGAACAUUCAUUACAAUUUCUUUCUUUGGUAAGACAGUUUCUUUAAAAGUAUGUAAAUUGGUGCAGCUGAAGUAUCGGCCUACUAUAGAUGAAAACCAGAAAACCAACUUACCUGUAAGAUUCUAACACUUUUUUGUAAUUUAUCUCUUCUUGUCUGAUUUUAAAAAUCUAUCUAUUCGAGUACUGACUUUGCCCAAUGGCCUAGUAUAUUAUACAGAUAUUUUUUUCCCCGCAUUUUCAUUUCCAGGUCAUGGUACAGAUUUGUGCAAGUCAUGCACAGGUUUUUGUAAAAUUUUGCUUAUUCGUGAAUCUGGGUUUUUAAUGCUUGGUGAUACAAAAACAAUAAAUCAUACAAGUAUGUCAAAGUUGCUUCCAAUUUGUUUUACGAUUCAUUCUAAUCCAUUUGACACAACUAUAAUAUACUGCAUGUAAAAUAUGGGCAUCUAUGCAGCUUCAAAUUACAAUGCUACGCAGUAAUAUCAAAUAUAAUAUGAUAAACAAUUUCUGAAGUGACGAUUACAUUUUGAACAUUAAUACUAAGUUUAUACACAUAACUCAGAAUGUAUUAUACCAGGUAUUCUUUUUAAUGCUUUUACAUGCACUUAGGCAUGACAUGCAAGAGAUUUUUUUUUAGUGAAAAUAUCUUCAAGUUAUAAAUUGUAUGAAUCCAUUUUAAGUGAAAAAAGUUGGUAGUCAUAGAGAAUCUCAUGUAUUUGUGGCAAAUAAAAAGGAGAUGGCAAUCGGCAUGUUGUUUGCAAUCAGCAGUAUUUUUUACAAUUAAUAUUUCAUAUUUGUUGUUGUAAAUAAACUACAGAUGGCUGCACGUGGCUUGGUGUAGCAUGUACUUUAUUAUUAUAAUAUGUUUAUGAAUGGCUUUCAAAUUGAUUGUAUGUUUAGAAAUAUUAGUGGGUUGAAAAAAGUACUGAAUGUAUUAAUGGUUUAAUGAAACAGAGUAUAAUUACAUUUACAUUGCAAGUUGUGACAAAGCAUAUCUUUCAUAACAUCAUAUUUCUGUACCUACUUGUAAAUUAUCAUUGCUAGAAACCAAAUGCUGCAUGUUUCAUAUGUUCAAUAAAGUUUAUUAAAUAUAACAUGGACUGUUUUCCCUGUUUUAUCAGGAGAGUAAAAUCUGGAAAGUGUUGAUUAUAUUUAUUUGCUCUUCACAUUAAGAAUCCCUUGAGGCCUUCUAAGAAAUAUAGCAUAUCAAUAAGAUGUACAACGUUGUGUUUUUUUUUGGUUGAUGCACUUCAAACCUAGAAAGAGAUUGCAGAUUUUUAAGUGCAUCAAAAUGAUCUGUACAUUUGCAUUAAUUGCAACUUUAACCAUUUAGGCUAACUCAUACAAGAAAUAUGUAUGAUUGUUUCCUUUAAAAUCUUUGUUGCACUGUUGUGUGCAAUUACUUUAGAUAUCUUAGAGUUUGUCUUCAGCUUAUGAAAUGGCUUUAAAUAUAGAUUUGAAAUAUUAUUAAGCACUUGGAUUUAAAGUUUAGAAUAAAGCACAAGAAGACUAAAUUUAUAGUCCUCAAACUUUGCAAAGUUUCACAAUAAAUGCAAUAAAAAUGUAGAAUUUAAAAAUCUGCAAGCAUGCUCCAUGAUAAGCCUGUGCAUUUAAUUGAUGGUGUUAGAUUAUUUUAUGUUAGUGUUAACUUUCUGAUUUAAGGAAUAACUAAUUGAUUUUUUUAAAUAGAUAUCUCCUAGGUACACCUAAGAAAGGUUUAACACACAAUUCCAUUGUGACCACCUUGGAGAUCUUUUUUAAUGAUCAUAAAGUCUUUAUAGAGCAGAUAUUUUCAAUUUUAGGUAAAAUUUAAGUCCAUCAAUUAUGGUCGCCUACAAGAAAUCAAGAAUUGAUCAUGUAAAUAUGAAAGUACUCAAUUUUGAUAAACAAUUUAUCUUCAUUCACAAAGUCCAAUUAUGUGACCCACUGAAAUAAAAGGAGCCUUGCAUAUACAAAAUGUCCAUUUAUUUACAUGCCAUUCUGUGCCAGUACUGACAAAACUUAGUCUAUUUCGGUUUGCUAGAGAGUUCAGUAAGUAAUAUACAAUAUUUCUAUAUUAUGGAUACAUCAUCAUGUAAUUUUCCAGCAUUUUAUAUUAGUUGAUUACGAUUCAUCUUUUGCAACAGUAGUAAGAUUAAUUUAGAGUGAAGGUAGUGACCAUCCAAUUUAAAAUUAAAGGCCAUAUAACGAGUUGGUUGUGAUUGAGCUGAAGAUUCACCACCAUGAGCACUACAUAUUUCAAGUUUGCACUUUAGAUGUACGUUAUUAAAUCUAUUGCCCUAUUUCAAUGUUAUAGAAAGAGUCAGUGAGAGUGUGGAAACAGGCCCUUCAUCCCAACUUGCCCACACUGGCCAACAUGUCCCAGCUACACUAGUCCCACUGACUCGCAUUUGGUCCAUAUCCCUCCAAACCUGUCC